AAGUCCUUGAUUAGGAGAGUGUGAGAGCUUUGGUCCCAACUGGCUGUGCCUAUAGGCUUGUCACUAGGAGAACAUUUGUGUUAAUUGCGCUGUGCUGUGUCAAGGAAACUUUGAUUUAUUGCUGGGGUGCGCGCAUAAUGGUUGCCGGCCGCACAUGGAUUCGGUAGAACUUUGCCUCCCUGAAUCUUUUCCCCUGCACUACGAGGAAGAGCUUCUCUGCAGAAUGUCAAACAAAGAUCGACACAUUGAUUCCAGCUGCUCGUCCUUCAUCAAGACGGAACCCUCCAGCCCGGCCUCCCUGACGGACAGCGUCAACCACCACAGCCCCGGUGGCUCCUCCGACGCGAGUGGGAGCUACAGUUCAACCAUGAAUGGCCAUCAGAACGGACUUGACUCGCCACCUCUCUACCCGUCUGGUCCUAUCCUGGGAGGCAGUGGGCCCGUUCGGAAACUGUAUGACGACUGCUCCAGCACCAUUGUGGAAGACCCCCAGACCAAGUGCGAGUACAUGCUCAACUCGAUGCCCAAGAGACUGUGCUUGGUGUGCGGCGACAUCGCUUCUGGGUACCACUACGGGGUCGCGUCGUGCGAAGCCUGCAAGGCGUUCUUCAAGAGGACGAUUCAAGGUAACAUCGAAUACAGCUGUCCUGCUACGAACGAAUGCGAAAUCACAAAGCGUCGGCGCAAAUCCUGCCAAGCGUGCCGCUUCAUGAAGUGUUUAAAAGUGGGCAUGCUGAAGGAAGGGGUACGCCUCGACAGAGUACGCGGAGGCCGGCAGAAGUACAAGCGCAGAAUAGAUGCGGAGAACAGCCCUUACCUGAAUCCUCAGCUGGUUCAGCCAGCCAAGAAGCCAUAUAACAAGAUUGUUUCCCAUUUGUUGGUGGCUGAACCGGAGAAGAUCUAUGCCAUGCCUGACCCCACCGUCCCGGACAGUGACAUCAAAGCCCUCACGACACUGUGCGACCUGGCCGACCGAGAGCUGGUGGUUAUCAUUGGAUGGGCGAAACAUAUUCCAGGCUUCUCCACGCUGUCCCUGGCCGACCAGAUGAGCCUCCUACAGAGCGCUUGGAUGGAAAUUUUGAUCCUGGGUGUCGUCUACCGAUCUCUCUCCUUUGAGGAUGAACUUGUCUAUGCAGACGAUUAUAUCAUGGAUGAAGACCAGUCCAAAUUAGCAGGCCUCCUUGACCUCAACAACGCUAUCCUGCAGCUGGUCAAGAAAUACAAGAGCAUGAAGCUGGAGAAAGAAGAAUUUGUCACCCUCAAAGCAAUAGCUCUCGCUAAUUCAGACUCCAUGCACAUCGAAGACGUGGAGGCCGUUCAGAAGCUGCAGGACGUCCUGCACGAGGCCCUGCAGGACUACGAGGCCGGCCAGCACAUGGAGGACCCGCGCAGGGCCGGCAAGAUGCUGAUGACGCUGCCCCUGCUGAGGCAGACCUCCACCAAGGCCGUGCAGCACUUCUACAACAUCAAACUCGAAGGCAAGGUCCCCAUGCACAAACUGUUCUUGGAGAUGCUGGAGGCCAAGGUCUGACGAAAGGCGCCCUGGGCCGUCUGCACGCCGAAAGGGGACAACCUAAGAGUGAUGUCGAAGACACAUAGAGCGUAGUUAACACCAUCGAAAAUCAGCAAAGACUGCACUGAUCAUUUAGCAGCAAGACUAUAAAGCAGCUUUUCAGAUGUCUCGUCUUUCUUUCUCAUUUCUCUUUAUUAUUAUUUCUCUCUCUCUCUCUUACUCCUCCUUUCUCUCAUUUCUUGAUUAUCGGUUCCCUCUCUAAUUUCCUUCCUUCCUUCCUUCCUUCCUUCCUUCCUUCCUUCCUUCCUUCCUUCCUUCCUUCCUUCCUUCUUCCUUCCUUCUUCUACUCUCCUUUCUCUCUUCUCAUCCUUUCCCUUUCUUCUAAAUUUUAAUAGCGCUAGAUGUAAGAAAAAUUUUUUCUCUUCCUUCCUUCCUUCCUUCCUUCCUUCCUUCCCUCCUUCCUUCCUUCCUUCCUUCCUUCCUUCCUUCCUUCCUUCCUUCCUUCCUUCCUUCCUUCCUUCCUUCCUUCCUUCCUUCCUUCUUCCCUCCCUUCCUCCCUCCCUCCCUUCUGCUGCUGAACUUUUAAAAGUGGUCUCUAAUUGAAGAGGUGGAAGCCAGCCCUGCCAAAGGAUGGAAAUCCAUAUUAUGGAUGCCAGUGAACUUGUUAUGGACCAUAACGUCCCCAAUGACUAAGGAAUCAAAGAGAGAACCCACGCACCUAAGACACAGUGCGGCAUACACGAACUGACUGAGUGCAGUAUUAGAUUUCAUGGGAGCAGCCUCUAAUUCAACCUCUUCAGCAACUUUGCAUCGGCUGCUUCUUAUCAUUGCUUUUCCAUCUAGAUCAGUUACAGCCAUUUGAUUCCUUAAUUGUUUUUUCAAGUCUUCCAGGUAUUUGUUAGUUUAGCUACUAUGUAACUUUUUCAGGGAAUAGUUUAAGCUUUAUCCAUUCAUGCAAUACUAAAGAGAAAUAAGAAUACUGCAAUUUUCGUGCUGGCUUUGAACAAUUACGGACAAUAAAUGAAGGACAAAUGAAUCCUGAAGGAAGAUUUUUAAAAGCGUUUUGUUCUUACAAAUGGAGAUUUUUUUUGUACCAGCUUUACCACUUUUCAGCCAUUUAUUAAUAUGGGAAUUUAACUUAAGCAAUAGUUGAAGGGAAGGUGCAUAUUAUCACGGAUGCAAUUUAUGUUGUGUGCCAGUCUGGUCCCAAACAUCAGUUUCUUAACAUGAGCUCCAGUUUACCUAAAUGUCCUCUGACGCAAAGGGUUCGAUGUACCUGCAGGGACUCUGGGUGGUGACGCUACCCGCGCUGCACAUGGGAUGCAGAUGCUAGAAGUUUCAGAACUGCGCUCUCCCCCCUGGGAGGUGCAGCUGCCACGUGAUUUCUGGCUGUCCCGGUGUUAGGGAUGAGUUCCUGCCAGUUUGCCAAGUUCCAGACCUUGCUGCAGAAGGAGCUGUGAGCAGUAGCCAUUGAAGAGGCACUAAGGCGAAUGCCAGGGUUUCAACCACUGCACAUCGUCAAAGACAACGGAUGCCUGACCAAAUUCGAAACCCGUCUGUCGGAGUUGAUUCAUUUGGGAAUGUUUGUUUAAAUUAAUCUGCAGUUUUUUGCCAAGAGCUAAGCCAAUAGAUCUGCUUCUCAACCAGUGUUUGUCACAGCAAGAAAGUCAGGUUCCAGACUGUUCAGAGGUGAAAUCUAAUGAAGAAAUCAAUUAGAUGCCCCCGAAAUCUACAGUCGCUGAAUAACCAAGAAACAGUAACCUCCAUCAAAUGCUAUACCAAUGGACCAGUGUUAGUAACUGCUCCCUGUACUUUGUGAAGUCUUACUCUAUGUACACAGAUGUAAUUAAAAUUGUAAUCCUAACAAACAAAAGAAGUGUAGUUCAGCUUUUCAAUGUUUCAUGUUUGCUGUGCUUUUUCUGACUUUUAUGUUGCAUUCAAAGACUGUCUGUCUUGUUCUUCUUGUGGUAUUUGGAUUCUUGUGGUGUGUGCUUUUAGACACAGGGUAGAAUUAGAGACACUAUUGGAUGUACAAUUCCUCAGGAGACUACCGUAGUAUAUCCGAUUCCUUACCAGUGAUAAGGUUCUUCCUAAUAAUAAUUAAGAGAUUGAAACUCCAAACAAGUAUUCAUUAUGAACAGAUACACAUCGAAAUCAUAAUAAUAUUUUCAAAACAGGAAUAAUUUCUCUAAUGGUUUAUUAUAGAAUACCAAUGUAUAGCUUAGAAAUAAAACUUUGACUAUUUCAAGAAUAGAGAUAAGUCUAAUUUUUAAACGCUGUAUAUAUGGCUUUCACUCACUCAUCUCUCCGACGUUGUUAUUAACUCGCUCUGUGUUUUGCAAAACUUUUUUGGUGCGGAUACGUUUCCAAAACUCUUGCUACUUUGUGUGAUUUAAACAAAAUACCUUGGGUUGAUGUUCCAUCACCCUCAUGCUAGAAAUACUGUGUAUCUAUCAUUAGCUAUAUGGGACUAUAUGUAGAUCGUGGUUUCUCAGUAGAGAAGUGUCUGUAAUGUGAUUCUAGAUAAAUCAUCAUUAGCAAUUCAUUCAGAUGGUCAAUAACUUGAAAUUUAUAGCUCUGAUAGGGGUUCAGAAAUUGGCACAUCCCUUGAAAACUAACAAGAGAAAAAUCCAACUCCUGGGAAAAUAAAAAGGUGCUGAUUCUAUAAGAUUAUUUAUAUAUGUAAGUGUUGAAAAAGAUUCUUUUCCAGAAAGUCUGUGCAGGGUUUAAGUUGCUACUAUUCAACCACACUAGGUAUAAAUAAAAUAUAUACAAUAGAUACAUCGUUUUUAACUGUAUCACAUUAAAGUACUUGGGCUUCAGAAGUAAGAGCCUACUAACUGAAAACAUGAGAUGGAGAGAUAUAAAAAGAGAUACACUUUUUUGUUUUCAGUUUAAGUGGAACAAGUAUCCCAUAAAUAGGAAACACAGCUAACAUGCAGAUGUAACAGGACUGCACAGGCUUUAGGACAAAUGCUCAUCCUGCACCUCGCUGGAGGUAAGUCUUUGCGAAUUUCAAGCAAGACCAUUUACUUAAUGUGAAGUUCUGGGAAGUUACAAAGGUGUAUGUUUUAGCCAUAUGAUUUUAAUUUUGAUUUUUGCUUCUUUUUCAGUUUGUUCUUAUUUAAAGCAAUAUGAUUGUGUGACUACCUGCUGUUACACUUGUGUUUCAAUCAGCUCAGAUUGUUGUAUUUAUGCCACUAUUUUGCAUUUAAAUGAUAACAUAAAAGAUAUAAAAAAUUUAAAACUGCUAUUUUUCUUAUAGAAGAGAAAAUGGGUGUUGGUGAUUGUAUUUUAAUUAUUUAAGCGUCUCUGUUUACCUGCCUAGGAAAACAUUUUAUGGCAGUCUUAUGUGCAAAGAUCGUAAAAGGACAAAAAAAAAAAAAAUUUAAACUGCUUAUAAUAAUCCAGGAGUUGCAUUAUAGCCAGUAGUAAAAAGAAUAAUAAUAAUAAUAAUAAAACCAUGUCUAUAGCUGUAGAUGAGUUUCACAUCUCUAAAGCAAUUAACUGUAUAUUUUUGUGAUGUGUACCAUACCGUGUGCUCCAACCAAUGUCCAUUUGUGUAAAUGUAUUUAUUUUAUAUUGUAUAUAUUGUUAAAUGCAAAAAGGAGAUAUGAUUCUGUAACUCCCAAUCAGUUCAGAUGUGUAACUCAAAUUAUUAUGCCUUUCAGGAUGAUGGUAGAGCAAUAUUAAACACACUUCCACUUUUGAUUG